GAGACCCGCCGCCUCAUUGAAGACGCCGCUCAAGGAAAAUCGCUUCGUGGGCGCAGCCCCCUGGCUGGCAAGUCGGUGGCCCUGUUGUUUGAGAAGCCCUCGCUGCGAACCAAGGUCAGCUUUCAGGUGGCAGUCGAGCAGUUGGGUGGCUACUCGCUAUACAUGGGUGGCGAGGAGGUCGGGUUGGGCGUCAGGGAGCCGGUCUCCGACGUGGCCCGAGUGCUCUCAGGUUAUGUGGAUUGCAUCGUCGCGAGGGUUUUUCGCCAUGAGGACCUGCAAGAACUGGCCACUUACGCAUCGGUGCCGGUCAUCAACGCGCUGUCUGACUGGGAGCACCCAUGCCAGGCCAUGGCCGACCUAUUGACCAUUCACGAACAUAAGGGUGGACUCGAUGGGCGGACCCUGGCCUACAUCGGCGAUGGGAACAACGUUGCCAGAAGCCUGUGCCUGGCACUCCCGGCAGUUGGCAUGAAUUUCAACUGCGCCUCGCCAGUGGGAUACGACCUCGACGAGGGAUCAGUUGCAGCAGCGACUGGACGGGGCAUUGGAGCAGUUCGCACCAUGCGCUCGCCGGUGGAGGCGGUCGCAGAUGCUGAUAUUGUCUACACGGACGUCUGGGCCAGCAUGGGGCAGGAGGCAGAGGCGGAGCAGCGACGGUUGGAGUUCGCCGGCUACACCGUAGAUCCUGCUCUGAUGGCACAAGCCCGGCCCGGCGCCCUGUUCAUGCACGACAUGCCAGCUCACUACGGCGAGGAGGUACCGCCCGGCAUGCUGGAGCAUCCGCAGUCGGUGGCCUACCCACAGGCUCACAACCGACUCCACGCCCAGAAAGCAGUUCUUGAGUUUCUGCUGGGAGAUUUACUAACUUCUUUAGUCACCUGA